UGUUUGUUUGCAUUUACGGCGCCAGCGGUUUUCAUGUUUGUGUAACUAAUUUGUGGCAUUUCGUGUUGUAAUUUGCUGCACCAACAUUUUGCUACGAUGAGUGCAAGUGGUAUGCUGUACGGGGGCGAUGAAAUUGGAGCACUGGUGUUCGAUCCCGGCCACCAUUCGCUGCGCGUCGGAUACGCCCAGGAGGACACUCCGAAAGCUGAGAUCCCGGCUGUGGUAGGUGUCGGACCGGCGGAUCCUGUGAUGAACUCAGAUUUGGAGACGAAAGCGGACAACAACAUUGGUAGCAGUAAGUUGGACGCUAAUAAGUACUAUGUGGACACGACACUGGUUAACGUUGCCCGGCCGAAUAUGGAAAUUCAAUCGUACAUGAAAGAUGGAAUGAUUGAAAAUUGGGACCUUUUCGAAAAAGUGCUUGAUCAUACGUACGCUAAGGUUGUCCAAUCGGAGUCCGUCUACCAUCCGGUCCUGUUUUCAGAGGCAGCAUGGAAUGUAAGAAACAACCGUGAACGGUUGACGGAGCUGAUGUUUGAAAAGUACAACGUUCCUGCAUUCUUUUUGGUAAAAAACGCUGUCCUGGCAGCGUUUGCUAACGGGCGUGCCACUGCGUUGGUGGUGGACAGUGGCGCCACGCAUACCUCGGCCGUUCCGGUGCAUGAGGGAUAUGUUCUAAGCCAAGCAGUGGUCAAAUCUCCUCUUGGUGGCGACUAUCUUUCGCUUCAGUGUCGCCACUACCUCGAAGGCCAAAACAUCGACCUGUUGCCAACUUACGGUAUCGCAGCGAAGGAUGUUAUUAAGGAGCGCGACACACCGCGCUUCACACCGAAAGUAUUGCCGGAAAAGCUGACCGCCUCGUGGCAGCAGUACAUGCUGAAGGCGCUGCUGCAAGACUUUCAAAUGUCGGUUGUACAGGUGCUAGAAACGCCCUACGAUGAACGGACAGCUGCCCAGAUACCGGCCGUGCACUACGAGUUCCCGAACGGUUACCACCAAGAUUUUGGCCCCGAACGGUUCAAGUUAGCUGAGAGUCUGUUCGAUCACACGAUGCUGGGGGCGGGACAGCUCGCCUCCACAAGCGUCGGUAUGUGUGAUGCAGACGUUCGGCUUUCAUUGUAUGGUUCGGUGGUCGUUACGGGUGGUAACUCGCUGUUGCCCGGGUUUCCGGAGCGAUUGAACCGCGAUUUGCAACACCGUGCACCGUCCAAUACGCGGUUGAAGAUGAUCUCUGCCAACGGAUCAGUUGAGAGACGAUUCGGAGCAUGGAUCGGUGGCUCUAUUCUGGCCAGCAUCGGCACAUUCCAACAAAUGUGGAUCAGUUCGCAGGAAUACGAUGAAUCCGGCAAGAGUCAAGUGGAGCGGAAAUGUCCCUAAAACGGGAAUGGUGUCGACAUGACGGAAACGCAAUCGGAACGCAAUUUCUGUUUGCGCUUUGAAGAUUUAAUUUUAUGUUGUACUUCUGUAAACUCUAUCAAGUGUGAACUCUUCUAAUCUUU